UCUCUCUCUCUCUAACCGAACCGCCAACCGCCAGGUUUGCUUGAGAACGUCGGGUUCUCCUCUUCCAUGAGCGCUGUCGAUUGGGAACCACCCAAUCUUCUGGCGGACCGCCGCUCGCUCCCCCAAAAACAGACCCUUUCUGUUCGUCUUCCUUUUUAACCCUCUCCUCAACGUCCUCCAACUUGCCAUCUCCCAUUGCCAGCCUGCACGCCCAUUCUUUCCCAGGACAUGGAUCAGAGAAUGGAGGUACAGAGCACCCCUCUUUCUCUCUGUCCCUCUCCCCCCGUACCAACUAUGAUUCAUCAAAAUGACAAGCCGUGGAUGGCUGUUCCGCAGUUCGGCGGGUGGGAUCAGAAGUCGGGCUCGCCGGAUUACUCGAUGGUCUUCUCGCGGGCGAGGGCAAACCGCAAGCAGGUGAAGACCACCAUCAACAGGGCAAGCCUCGGCACUGAAGAGGAACUCAAGGCGCUGCAGCAGCGUGAUGGUGACCACCAUCAGCCGAGAAAGAAGAUAUUCACGUAUUUAUGCUGCAUGAGGGCAUAAACAUACUGGACUCUCUCAGUUAUUUAGUCAUACUUGAUCCAUGUCAUGCGAAAGAUGUUGAAAAAUACUUUUCAAUCAUCAGAUUCAGGCAACUCAGCAUAAGAGGUGGCAGCUUUUUGCAGCAAAACAGUGCAUUGUUUCUGGAAUUUAGAACUUACAUAUGAAUGACUUCUGCUGAAUUUUCUUUUGGAUCAUGUAUAUGAUGUAUCAAACUAAGAAACAAUCAAUGCAUAUGCUGUUCCUGUAUAUACUAACACCAUGGUUUGAG